AUGAUUGCUCGAACUGUCCUUGUUGCCAAUGUGUUUUUCUUUUCGAGUCGCAGAUGCGUCGGUUGGGUGUCUUGUAUUCGAAAUUCGGAUUGUUUAGGAUACCCCGUGGACGCAUACGGAACAAAAAUCGCCGUCCAGAACGGUCUGUGUCUCUCCAAAGCGAGAGCGGAAACCCCAAAAGCUUUUACGGAAGGAGAUGCUUUCGUCGGUGACAUUUUGGAGGACGAUUUUGGUCAUGUAAAUCGAGACCUCGCCGAGCGGAUCUGGAAUUGGGAGCAACAGCGUCGACAGGAACUGGAUCUUCCCAAAAUCGAGUAUUCCGUACGUGAGGGUUUACGCCUAGUCGACUGUUUGGUCCAUGAAGUCUUGCGCACUAGGAGCGAAGCUGUCACCAGAAGCUCUCGAGUGGAGCUUGUACAGGAAGGCUUGGUCUCCCUUCUAGACGCUAUGAGCCAUUACCGAAAGGAAGAUCACACGGAAACAGAUUUUGAGCACACGGCGCGGAAACAGAUUCGCAAGCACUUGAUUCGUUCGUUAGACCUGGAUACUAGGCCGGUCCGGUUGCCACGAGCCGUAAUUGUGAUGGUCCGAAAAGCGAAGGAGUUGAAGCGAACGAUAAUUGACGAAAAGGGACGACAGCCGACGUGGAACGACGUGGCAGAAGAACUCCAAAUCGCUCGUGAGCGGUUGCAUGACUACUUGAUCAUGGCACAAGGUGGAACCUUAUCGAUGGAAUCAACGGUAGAAAUAAAUCACCCGCACUUAGAGGACGCCCGCCCCGCUUACGAGGAUCAAGAGGAAUGGGAGUUAAGCCAAGGUAUGGUUUUGGAUACAGGACGCGUGAUCCGUAAGGAAGAAAUCGUGGAGGAAUAUCAAGACGAAAUGCUAGAGUACGAAGGCAACGACGAAGCGUGGGUACGGCAAGAACAGGUAGCGGGUCUUUUACAAGACCUUAUUCCCGAUACGGAGGAACCGUCUCCGGACGAUUCUGCCUUGCUGAUGAUGAUCCAGCACGAUCUCUCCGAGUUUCUGGUGACGACAUUAGGCGAGGACGAGGUGAAAUGCAUUCGCAUGGCGUUUGGUCUUGACUCGGGAAUCCAGAUAUCAGUUGCGGAUACUGCAAAAUCUCUAGAAAAGUCGACGGACGAGAACACACCUCCCGACGAACAAAACUGGUCUGAGGUAUUGAGCAGCGGCGACGAAAAGGAUCAAGUGCAGAAAGCAACGCAAGGCGUCGAGAGGUUGUUGGGCUAUCCCGUCACGACGGCUUUUACUCGCAAGCCGCCGAAGAGAUGCGUCAAGCUAUCGAGUGGCCGUGAUCGAGACGUUGUGCAUAUCGCCACCAUGUGGUAUCCUUCUUACGGCCCUUCCUGGUUUUUCCAAGCCUUUUUUGGCAAGAGCUGCAGCCGGAGCUUGUAA